AUGUCCGUCCUUCGCACCCGUCUCGCCUCCACAUCCCUCUCCCUCGCAGCCCGCAGGACCCUCCACACCACCGCCGUCCGUCGCGACCACUUCCUGGACGCCGACGCAGAGGCCUUCAAGGCUCGCGUGCUUGACGCCAAGUCGGACAAGCCUGUCCUUGUCGACUUUUACGCCGACUGGUGCCAGCCGUGCCGCGUCCUCUCCCCUUUGCUCAAGGGCGUCACUGGACCCGAGAGCAACUUUGACCUCAUGACCGUCAACGUUGACGAGCACGGCGACCUUGCCGGCCAGUUUAAGGUCACUGCCCUUCCCACCGUCGUCGCGUUCAAGAACGGCGAGGUCAAGAACAAGUUUGUUGGCUUCCGUGGUCAGGCGGACAUUGAGAAGUUCCUCGGCAUGCUCUAG